AUGGAAGUUGGACAGCCAGUUCCCGUCACCAUCGGUACCACGCUACAGGACAAUUAUGGGAGUCUGAUGUUGAUUCGCGCAGCAGACAGUCGGAUGCCGUGUUGUGGGACGGUGGGUGAGUGGCGAGUGUUUCCGAGGAGCGCCGGAAAAGUCGCCCUGCAGGUGUGGCGGGAGACGGCCGACCCGGAUAUUCUCGUGCUGGUGGGCGAAAACAUCGUGGAUAUACGAUCUGGUGAGGAGGACAUAGCGCAAGUGGUGGUAUCGAUUGCCCUUGGAGACCGGAUAUCCGUGGAUACGGGAGACUACAUCGCCUGGUACAGCUCAGGCCAGGAGAGUAUCCCUUUCGUAGGAACAGCGGCUUCUCACCCCGUCUGGAGGUUCACCCCUUCUACAGCGCUUUCUGUUGGCAGCAUGCUCCAACUGACCGGAUAUGACAUCACUGCCGACAGGGAGUUCUCUAUAGGGGCAAUAUUAGCGGCCAGUGUGACCCCGUACUUUACGAACACCGUACAUGAGGUGACGGUGUACGCUAACGCGACGGUCUCUAGCAUAGUAUACACAGUACAGUACACUGACGACGACCCGGGCGACAUCGCAUCGUUGUCCGUUACCAUGGAAAUCAGCGAGUUGUUUGCGUUUCUUUCACCAGAUGUACGAGUGAGCGGCGAACUAGUGCUUGGAACACACGUGCUGACGUUCCAGGUGACUGACAGAUGCGGGUCUGUGGACACGAUGGACGUCACCGUCAUCGUUCAGCCGCCGCCAGUUGCCAUCACCAGUCUACCGGAAGUGACGUCAGUCUCUGAGACGGCCUCAACGCAGACGCUCUUGCAUGUGUUGGCUUUCUCCCCAAUCGGAAGUUAUACGUGUUCCCUGGACUACAGCCCCGUACGGUCGGAGGGAAACCCGUUUAUGGUGCAAGAUACGCCGAAUCAGGGGUUAUGUAUAUACCUACAAGACAACGCGAAUAUCCUGUUCAACGUGACUCCAGUCUACAACGUGACUGUGACGUGCACGGCGCUCACUUCCGCUACUGACACAGACUUCCUGUUGGUCAGCGUACAGCCAAAUUCGGUGCCCGUGUUUGUGAAUUUUGAAGCGUCAGCGCUAAUCCCGGACACCAUGACUGCCGGAAGAACCGUGUACGCGGUGACAGUCACGGAUAGCCAGCCACUCUCCCUAACGCUGCUCUGUGACCCCGCAGACGGUCCCUUCACUGUAGCAAGUGACGGCACCGUAAUUCUGACGACACAUGCCCCCUCUGCUGGAUCAGCGUUUACGUGGAUCUUCACGGCAGACGACAGUUUUGACUCUGUGACGUCACCUGCCGUCACAGUCAUUAUAACAGACGCGAGUGUUCCUCCCCGGUUUCUAAGCGCCACAUACAACGCUGAUGUGCCGGAAGGAGCGUCACUCGGCGCCACAGGGUUCCGCCUGCAUUGGACGGCCGGAAGUGCAGACAGGAGCGUCUACAGUUACACCGCGGUGUUCGAACCCCACACGUGCUCCCUAAUGUUUGACGUCACAGGAGAGCUACUCACGAAUAAUUACAUAAGCCUUGACGUUAUCAAACUGAUAGACUAUGAGACUGACGUUACGUCCUGUAACGUCACACUGACGUUGGGAGACGACCAGGAGGCGUCAGCACCAGUGACGUUGAUGGUGGACGUCGUCGACGUUGACGAAGCGCCGGUGUGGUCACGGACAGCCUACUAUGUGACCACGGAGGAAGUUCCGAACAACACGCCAUUGACGGUGCCCGACCUCACCGCUGCUGACCCCGAGGGCACUGCGGUCACGUACGCCCUUGACUGCGGUGAACACUCCGUCAACCUCAAUAUUGACGCCACUUCCGGUCAGGUUACCAUGGUGGCCGCCUUCGACCUUGACACGACUUCUGUGGAUACUCUUGUACCGUUUCCUUCAAAGGUGGUGAUGGCGGACGUUCUUCCGGGCACAGUAUUUCAAUUCAACGUAACAGCGACGGACGGAGGCGACCCAGGCCUGAGCAACCAGGCUAAUGUCUUCAUCUACGUUGUAUCAUCACUUCCGGAAAUGCUCACUACCACCACGCCUGCCUUACCACAGACUUCUCAGAGUACUGAAAGUGACACACACUCCCUGGGGUCUGAUUCCGGAAGUGGAGACGACGGGCCAUUUUCAGCGGGGAUUUUUGCCGUCGGCCUACUCCUGUUGCUGACAGUGGUUGGAGGCCUUGGUCUGGUGGUGUGGAAGCUGUGCUUCAGUGGACGUCCGCAAAUAACACCAGAUCUGGCGUCGGUCCGGUCUGACACCCCGGCCAAGACGACGUACGUCCAGCCAUCGGCGUCACACACGCUCGCCAACAAUUUUUCCACCCAGCCAGGUCCCGUGAAGCCAGCUGCAUAG